AUGCCCCAGGCAGGCAACCAGACGAGCCUUUACAACAGGCUGGUGAUCGCUUUUGUUGCUCUGGGCGGCACAACGUAUGGCUAUGGCGCUUCGAUCAUUGGCAGUACGAUUGGCCAGCCUGGCUGGUAUGCUUUCUUCGACCUACCAGCUACCGGCGAACCGGGAUAUGACACCAUCACGACUCCAGCCAUCGCGACGGCCAAUGGCCUGUUCUCAGCAGGCGGUGCCGUUGCUUGCCUCAUAUUCAUGUGGUCCGGUGACUACUUUGGCCGACUACGGAAUAUCCAAUUCGCGUGUACCCUAGGUAUUCUCGGGGGUGCCCUGCAAAGCGGUGCUCAGAGUCUUGCUAUGUUUCAGGCGGGCAGAUGGAUCAUGGGGAUCCCCUUUGCCCGCGGCUGGCUUGUUGGACACCAUGCGAUCUUCCUCGUCUUUGGCUAUAUGCUGUCGUCCUGGAUAGGUUUCGCUGUCUACUUUUCGGGAAACCGAGAGUUUGGCUGGCGGUUCCCAUUGGCAUUCCAGGUGCUGCCACCCAUCGUACUCCUUGUUGGUUCUCGAUGGGUCCCGCGCUCGCCGCGUUGGCUUAUGUCCAAAGGUCUGACGGACGAAGCUUGGGCGGUUCUGCAGCGGCUUCGAAAGUCCCCAAGUGACCCGGAAGAUCUCGUCGCCAGAGAAGAAUACUACCAGAUCGAGAAACAACUGCAGCUCGACGCCGAGAAGCUAUGCCAAUAUGGCGGCAGCCCUUGGAAAGCUGUGAUUAAUAAGAAGAGUUACCGGAAGCGCAUGGCUAUAGGCUUUCUAACUCAGUGGGGUGCUGAAUUCGGAGGUCCUCUGAUUAUCAACAAUUAUGCAGUCAUUCUCUAUACGAGCUUAGGCCAGACUGAUUACAUGCCGCUUCUAUUAUCUGCGAUUUGGCUGACGACUGCUGGUAUGAUCUACAACCCGUUUGGCGCGUGGCUUCACGAUAAGGUUAACUCGCGUCGAAAAAUGUACAUAACUGGAUUCGUCGGCAUUAUCAUCACCACCUCUGUCAUGUCGGCCAUGAUCGCAAGCUAUGCCGGCACCAGUAACAGGGCGGGAAACGCCAUAGGCGUUCUGUUCAUGUUCCUCUACCUAUCUUUCCAGGGAACAUUUUGCAAUACAACCAUGUAUCUCUACGUUUCGGAGAUAUUCCCAACAGAGAUCCGAUCCAUUGGCAUGGCCUUCUCGUUGUUCGGGCAAUUCGCUGCCACCAUCAUUCUUCUCCAGACAGCACCCAUCGGCUUCGCAGCGGUAGGAUGGAAGUACUUCCUCUUGGUUAUCUGUUGGAGUAUCUUCUUCAUCCCGUGUAUCUACUUCUUCUGGCCCGAGACAGCCAGGCUAUCACUUGAGGAGAUUGGCAAACAGUUUGGCGAUGAGGUAGCUGUGCAUAUAAAUGAUGCAACCGACGCGGAGAAGGCAGUCCUGGACUCUAGGCCCAUUCGCCCUGGCGUCGGCGAGGAUACGACACCAACCACUGCUGCAAAAGAGCGAUAG